UUAAGAGAUAUCUUAGAUAUAAAACUAACCAACAUGCAUGUAUUCUUAGCACACAUGGUAUGUGAUGACUGAUAAACUCAGUAUAGACAUCCAUGAUGAUUCCCAAGAUCCCCUACCAGACCUGUAUGACAAUUUGAAGUCUCCUGAUAGAACGAAAACAUGGAAAGGGUCCAGGUUACGUCGCACUAAGACAUACUCUGGUAGUCCUAACAACAAUUUGGGUAAUGAAAAUACCCAGGCUAUGGCAAACAAAGUUAUUGAAGCUGACAAAGGUCCUAUACCUCUUUCUCCUGUAAAUCAACGGAAGGGAAAAUGGAAUAAAACUAACAUGAAGCGCCGAAGCACUAUUACUGCCAGGGAUAAGAUGAAUAAAUCUUAUAAUGAUAGAAGUGAUCCAAGGCUGAUAAAUUCAGAUUGCUUUGCUCUCUCAACAAAGAAAGUUGAAGUUCGCCAUUCCUCUGACAUCAGCAAAAAUGCUGUCAUGCACAGGUACUCCUGCCAGUGUAAACAAUACCUUGACGAGGCAAAAGAGAUCAUUUACAAGUUACAGGAACACCAGUCCUAUGAUAGCAAUAUUCUUGGUGAACAAGAGGAGAAUCUCUGCUCUGGAAGAGAUAACGCUCUGACACCCCUUGACAUCCUAAAUUCAUCAAUUCUGGAGGAAGAUUGUAACCAAAUAAAAGCUAGUACCCCUUUAACCACUGAUGAGCGAAUUCAAACAUAUGCAGAGAACACGAAAGCAGAAAAAAUAACCGAUGUGACUGAAUUCAACUUUGACUUUCAGAUGCUUGAUGACACCAUCUUGGAGCUCCAAACCAUCCAGGGCGAGCUCAGAGAGUCCAACAAGGUUAACGAAAUGUGGUCUGAUAGUAAUGACACCAUCUUGGAGCUCCAAACCAUUCAGGGGGAACUCAGAGAAUUCAAGGUUAAAGAAAUGUGGUCUGAUAGUCUUGAUAAAGGUUGCUGUGAUCAGAAAUCGAUUGAUAGACGCAGGAUCCCCUCAACUAUUCGCGAUUCAAUGUCUGAAACAGAUGGCAGCAGCGUGGUUUACAUCCUGAUCUCCGUGUUCUCCUAUUUGGACCUGACCAGUGUAUACGAGGCAGGUAAAGUCUGCAGGACCUGGCACUGUGCCUCUCAGCAUCCUGCUGUAUGGAGAAACAUCACCGUCAACAACAAGAAACUCUCACCUCAGGCUCUCCACAAUCUGGCGGUAUCCUGUAUCUCUACCCAACAACUCAGGAUUGAAAACUGUACAAUUGAGGACACUGAAAGUAACAGAGACGAGGUAAAGAACCUGUUCAACUCGAUGAGUGUGUCCCUGAAAGCGUUGUACCUGACUAACAAUUCGGACGGAAAUAUUUUGCUGGACGAAGCAAUAAACGGCUGCAUGAGUGUUACGAGAUUACAUUUCGAUGGCAAAAUCACGGAUCCACAACUGGACACAAUCUCCUCUAACCAGACUCAGCUGACCUGCUUCAACAUGGGAAACACGAGAGGCUUGAAUCCCACCCAGUUCUACGAGAUUGAAUCAGUAAAGUGUCUCACAUUUAACGCAGCUGCACUGCGAGUAGACGAAAUUGCCAGUAUAGUGGAGUGGUUCCCCAACCUUAGGAACCUUCACAUUAAAAACGGAACAAGUCUCCACAGUCUUCACGCCAAGACCGUUUUCUGCAGUGCAGACCAGCUUUUCACCUUGAAACUUACCGAUACUUACAUAACUCCUCGAGCACUGCUGUUCUUACUUUGCACGUGUCGUCAGCUCAAGAAAGUUCAGGUACACUUCUCCGCAGCAUUCACCAUCAACAAUAACUUUGAGAGCAACUAUAGGGCUACUAUACAGUGUAUCACUGGACACAGCCUGUUCCAGAAUAUCCUGACCGUCUCGUUUGAAAGUCCGAAGAAGCCAGCUCGAUCCUCAGCCACUCGCCCUUCCCUCCCGAAACUAGCUAAUAGACACUCCGCAGCAACUAAACGUUGCAGCAUUGACACCUUGCUCUGACUCUGUUAACUGAGUAUCAAUCGGAAAUUUAUAUCGGUAAAUUUGGCUAAAGUUUUUAUGAAAGUUGCCAAGACCUGCACAGGACAAAAGACUAAAGAUGAUUUGAAAAUGUUUGAAACAGUUUAAAGAAGAUAGCAUAAUAUGAUGACUUGACUUUGUAAAAAACAUUCUUACUUGAAAGCUUGUGUUUUGACAAGAGACAAAGAAUUGGGAUGUAUAAUGUAUUACUUGCAUGACGUUUUUAUAUUGCUAACUAAUAAUAAUAUCUAAUUGUUUGUGAAACCUUGAUGAAAAGGACGAUUUGAAAAGAGAAAGUUCAGUGUUGAA